GGCUUCCUUAGCAACGCCCCUGGCAACGCUCACUCUUCUCCUCAGCAGCCAUGGAGUCUCCCGCGCCAGAGAAGGGCCCCGGCAUGAUUCCACGUGAAGACAGCACCUGGGCCCGCUCCGUGCGGCGGCGCCUGGCGGUGGACCUGCAAGAGGUGGGCCACGCAGAGCCCGGACACGUGGAGGCGCUGGUGGCGGAGCUGCUGGCGGUGCUGGGGGAGGUGCUGCGUCGGAGCAGCCGGGGGGCCUGGCUGCGGCUGAUAGAGGCCCUGCGCCUGGUGGCCCCCUUCCGGGCCCUGCUCUCUGGCCGCCCGGAACUGUCCCCCUUCCUGGAGGGCCUCUUCUUCCAGUUCCAGUGCAGCCGGGCCUUGGUCUCGGACCUGGAUGUCUUGGGUGCCGUGGCCAGGGCCUUCCCUGAGGACUGUGCCCUGCUGUGGACCCCUCCUCGGGCUGCCUGCCCCCGUGACCCCAGUGACCCUGCCACAGCCCUGCCCCCGGCCCAGGAGCCCCUCUUCGCUGGGAUGCCCUGCCCUUUUGUCACCAAGUUGGACGUGGCCCCCGACAGCCGGGAAGUGGGCCUCAUCUCCCUUCAGGAACUGCAGCGGAGCUUCGGAGCCGUCGGGAGCCAGGUGGUCCGAGAGGAGUCGGCCCCCGGGAGCCUAGGCAUCAUGGGGCUGGCCCUGGCUGCAGCCAUCCCGACCCAGUUCCUGGAAGAACCCUCCGACGCCGCAGAACCCUCUGCGUGGUUUGGCCAAGAGACCCCCGGAGCAGCCCCAGUGCCCCAGAAAGAGGAGAAGGAGGAGGAGGAGAAGAAGGCUGGUAGGGGGACUCCACUCAGCAAGGCACCACCCAUUACCGGCCUCCAGGCAGCGGAGAUUUUUGCCACCAGCCGCCACGCAGGCCGGAUCAGGUUCCUGUACCUCAACGUGGCCCCCAACCGGCAUUUCAGGCCCUACGACCUGGUGGCUGUGCCCAAGCACCUGACCCACCCGCAGCACUACGUCUUCUCCCCGUUCGGGGUGCUGCACGUCCGGCCGCGGGAGGGCUCUGAGGCCUACUCUCUGGGCGAGUGGCACCGGGAGGCCGUCCUCUGGCAGCUGCUGCAGUACAUCCCCUUCUUCCGGCUCUUCCUGGUCCGCAAGGCCUUUGCCUGCUGGUGCUGCAACGUCAAACACCUGCAGCGGCUGAAGCGGACCGAGAAGCUGCGCCUGCACCUGCUCCAGGCGGUGCCACACUUUGGGGAAGCUCUCCUCCAGAUAUCCAGACUCCUGCAGGAACUGUGCUCUGCCCACUGGCUGCCCAUCAACGACGUCCGGUGCUACAGCUUCCCUGACCUCCGAAGGGCCCUGGUGAAGGAGAGGAACUUCACCCAAGGCCUCCUCUGCCACUUCCUCACCGUUUGCUCAUCCAUCCUGGAGAUGGUGCGUAAGGACACCUACAAAUUGGUGCAAAGGAUGCAGACAAGCGUGGAGAGCUACAAGCCAUACCUCAGCCGGAAGUCGCUCUACAAGCAGCGGGUGCAGUUCGAGCGCCUGCAGUGCCGCUUGCAGGAGACUGAGUCCUGGCUGCAGAGGCUGGGCCUCCUGGCGCUGCUGGUCAACUUCCUCAUCUGCCAGACCCUGGUCUCCGCCAUCCAGGAGGACGUUGUCGCCUUUGUCGGGCGCACCAUGAAGGCAAGAGGCGCUGCCCGGAAAGCGGUCAUCCAGGUGCGCCUGGUGUUUGGCGAAGACAGCCAGUUGGAGCUCUUCCCCUCCAGCCAGGAGCUGAGCGACUGCCUCUUGGGGGCUGUGGAAGCUGUCUUGGAGUCAGUCCUGCAGACGACCUGCAUCCAAAUGGAGCUGCCGGAGACCAAGGAGGGACCGAAGAUCACAAAUCUGGAGGAAGAGUCCCAUGCAGCCCCACACAGUGCCAUCUCCGUCGUUGGCGGCAGCCUCGGCACCUUCGAGGCCUCCUCUUCUGUCUUGCCCAAGGAGAUGGUGCAUCUGGAGCAGAUGUGCAGUAUGGAUCUGUACUGGGACGAGCCCAAGUUGGUGCACCAGCUGGACCAGAAGGCCUAUGGGGGCCUGGAGGUGGUGGGCCACCGCCUGCGGAGCGAGUACCCCUUGCUGUCCCGGGUGCAGCUGGAGAAGGACCUGCGCUCAGACGCCAUCAUCCAGGAGGCCCUGGCCACCCAGCAAGCGCUGCUCAAGGCCGCACUUGAGGAGACCCAGAUGCUGUGCCAGGAGUACUCCUGGCUGGGCGAGAUCUACCUCUUUGCCCACAGCUGGGGCCCCGACCACCUGGAGAGCAUGAAGGGCUGGCCGGCGGAGGAGUAUGUCAACCGGGUGGUGAAGCUGCGCUCAUGGGCGACCCGGGUGCAGAACGUCCCGCGCGAGGUGGUCACCUACAACAGCCUUCUCCUUGUGGACUGCAGCGGCAUCCACCAGGACAUCCUGCCUUUGCUCGACUCUAUCAACAAGGACAUCCUGUUGCUCCUGGUGAGCGAGAUCACUCAGCGCAGUGAGGACUUAAUUGCAGAGCUGUCCGCAGUGCUACAGCUGUACAUGACUGUGGGCAACGACAUCCUGACCAUUGCCAAGUGCUCCCAGAAGCUGGAGGAGUACCAGGGGCAGAUGAAGGAGCUGCAGGCAUAUGUGGACUACGUCCGGGCCCUCAAUGAGGUCAUCCAGCAGUGCUUCCGGCCCCUCAGCUCCCGCGAAGAGAGCCUGGAGAACAUGCUCAUGGACACCUGGGAUGCCUUUGUGUACCAGCAGCGGGAGGUUUCAGACUUCAUCAUCUCCCGGCGCCUGAGCAUCAUUGUGGAGCUGAGCAGCUCACUCCAGAAGGCCCUGGGGGAGCUGCAGGAGUUGCUUGCCAUGGUGACAGUGGGGCGCUUCCAAGACUCUGCCCAGAACCCCCGGGCCAUGGAGGAGGAGCUCCAGGCCCUGCUCCAGCGCUUCCAGUCCAUCAUGAUGCAGGUGCAGGACCUCCGCCGCUCCCAGCGCAUCCUGACAGGGGAGGCCAUGGAUGUCUCCUUCGUCACCGGGAAGCAAGGCAUCAUUGAGAUCCAGGCACGGAUCUGGCAGCUCUACCGCAUCAUCUCGGAGCAGAUCACAGAGUGGAAAUGCCUGGCCUUUGCCAAGUUCAGCCCCAGUCAGGCCAUGGAGAAGACUGAGGAGUGGCAGAAGGAGGUGAUCAGCAUUGAGCGCUGCCUGCCCAGCCCCCACCCUGUCCUGCAGGCCUGCUUGCGGAAGAUCGCCAACUUCCAGAAGUACCUCCCUCUGCUCCUGAAGCUGGGCAGCCACUUCCUCAAGCUCAGCUGCUGGAAGGAGAUAUUUGCUGUGAUGGGUGUCAAGUGCCCCAUGAACAUGCAGUUCACACUGGGCCAGCUCCUCUCCUACCCCCUGCUAGAGUACAGCGAUGCCAUCUUUCGGGUCUACGCCUGGGAAAAGAGCCGUCACUAUGCCCGGGACAACCUCUACCGCCUCCAGCGGACCUGGACUGAGAAGCAGUUCCGGCUGGUGAAAUUCAUCCUCAACGUUCCCUACCAGGAGCAGCAGCCAGAGCGCUUCCGCCACCCUGUCGGUGGUCACACCCGCUCUGCCAGGGUGGAAUAUAUCUCCAAGGACAGCGGCACCUACGUCUUGUCAGACAUUGCAGGGCUGAAGACUUCCCUGCAGAACAGUCUCCUGACUCUCCAGAAUAUCAUCCUGUCUCCCUUCUCUUCUGAACUCCUGGAGGAGGCAGAGAGCUGGGCAGCCACACUGCGGACCUUCGAUUCCGUGCUGGAAGCCUGGGUCAAUUUCCAGCAAAAAUGGGUUUUCCUGAAUAUCGUCCUCUACGAGAUGAAUAUUAGCCUACCAAGUGAGGAGCUGGAUUCCCGGUUUCAACGGGUGGACGCCUUUUUUCGGGAAAUCAUGCAACUGACCUGCAACGACCCCCUCGUGUUGUCCUGCGUCAGGGUAGCUUUAGGCAAGUGCCGUGACAGCCUCUUCGUAGGAAGCUGCCUGCAGUCUGCGUUUGUGGAGGGAUCGGCGGACCUCCUGGUCAUCAUCCGGGCCCUGGAUUACGUCCUGGAGGCCACGCGCAUGGGAUUCCCUCGCCUCUUCUUCCUCAGUAACGAAGAGGUGGUGGCCAUGAUGGCCACAGCAUCGGAGCCUGCGGAUGCCUCCGCUUGGGCCCAGCGCUGCUUCCCUGGCGUGCGCCGUCUGAUGCUCAACGUGCCCUCCGCCACCCAGGACCUCAGCACAUUUUCAGUAGAACUCCCAGUGGUGGAAGUGAGGGGUUUGGUGGGGGACCAUGGGGAGAAGCUGGACCUGUGCCAGGUGGUCCCCAUUAGCCGGAAGGCCACACAGUGGCUCUGCGCCCUGGAGCAGCGGAUGAAGGAGACUGUCUUCUACCAGAUCCAGGAGUGUGUAGCCCAGCGCCUGGCCCUGCGCUCGCAACUUGACCUUCCCUUUGAGCGGCGCCCAGGCCCUAUGGAGCUGCCCCUGCACUUGCUGGCCGAGAACUGGGCAACGCUGGGGAGCACCUUCCCCUCUCAGUGCGUGCUGCUGGCGGAGGAGGCCUUGUGGCGGGUGGCGGUGGAAGAGACCCUCUCGAACCCAGAUCGCCUACCUGUGUUUCAGCUCAAGUUGAGCCUGAAGCUGGAGGCCCUGACCCACUAUGUCCGCAAUUACCGUGGCACCCAUGCCUGGAACCCCCAAGAAGACCAGCUGGGCAUGCUGCUAGGGGCCCUGAUCACUUUGGCCAUCCACCAGCGUGACAUCUUUUCCCAGCUCUUGGAGUACAAUGUGAGCUCCCCGCAGGCCUUUGAGUGGGCGCGGCAAUUCAAGUACCAUGUGGUCCUGCAUCAUGACAGAGCCCAGGUAGCGGGGCUCCCCUCGAACAGCCCCUGGUUUGGCAGCCCCCCCGGCUGCUGGGCUGAAGUCCUUGACAGCCACUUCCCAUAUGGCUAUGAGUUCCUGGGACCCACCCUGCGCCUCCUGGGGAGCCCUUCAGUUAACAGGGGCCUCCUGGGGCUGCUGCUGGCCUUGGAUGAGUUCCGUUGUGGAGGCCUGCUGGGGGCCCCCGACACGGGAAAGUCCCACAUGAUGCAGGGUCUGGCACACGCCUUGGGCCGUCAGCUGGUUGUGGUGAGCUGCACCGCCCAAAUGUCCAUCAGCUGCCUCUCCCGAUACCUCUGUGGGGCAGUGCAUGCAGGGGCUCUGCUGGUGCUGGAUGCGGCCGAACAGCUGGAGACGGCGGUACUAUCCGCUUUCAGCCAGCGCCUGGUGGACCUGCAGAGGAUGUGCCUGAGCCUGCAGACAAGCCGGGCGCCCAACCAGGAGUCCCCUCCGGCAGACGCCGCUACAAGCAGCCCUGAUGUGGACACCUCCGAUAGCUUCGAGGAGCCUCCUGCCAUCGGUCUGCCAGAGCUGGGCAUGGAUGAGGCUGAACCUUACCAGCCAGGCGUCCUGGGCAAUAUCCUGUUUGGGGGGCGGCUGCUGCGGGUGCGAGACACCUAUGGCUGUGUGGCCACCCUGACACACCUCCCAGAAGCCCUGCACCUGGCCGUGCGCCCCGUGGCCCUGCUUCCCCCUGACCUCACCCAGCUGGCAGAGGUCACUCUGCUGGCAGCCGGAUUCCGAGAGGCAACACGGCUGGCAGAGAAACUGUCUGCCUUUUUGCGACUGGGAGGGGAGUUGGGUCCCGGUGCCCCCCGCAGCUGCCCAACCCUCCUCCGGGAAGUGAUCCGGGUGGCCAUCAACAUCCUGUUCAACCCUCAAUCGGGGCAAACGGUAUCAAACGUCCGGUCAAAACACUCUGCUCGGACGACCUUCUUCCUGGGCUUGGACGAGGAGCCAGCCAUGGUCAAAGCCCUGUACCUUUCCCCGUUGCUAAACGGCCCUGAGUGCCCCCGGCUGCAGAUUGCACGAGAGUUGUUGCAUGAGAUAUUCCCCAGCGCCUCCGUGUUGCCCCAGGAGCCCCAGAUGCCCUCCCGGCUGCAGAGUGCCCUGAUGGCCCAACUGCACGAGGACAGGCUGCACCCGGAUCCACGGUUCGUGGGCUUCACCAGCCUGAUCUUCCAGGCCCUGCAGGGCACUGCUGGCGUGGUCCUUCUAGGCCCCUCGGGUGGGGGCAAGACCACUGCCUGGCGCGCCCUGGCCAAGGCGCAGAGCCGGCUGGCUGCUAGCGACGCCACACACGGGGGCCCCCCUGGGGCCAAUGCACAGCCAGAGAAGCUCUUCCAGCCUGUUAGCACUGUCUGUCUGUGGCCCAACGGCCUGAGUGUGGUGGAGCUCAUGGGCAGCCUGGAAGGCAGCCUGUGGCAGGACGGGAUCCUGUCCCGGCUCCUGCAGAGGGCAGCCACCUCUGCCUUGGCUGGCGGGACAGACACAGACUGCACUCAGCAGUGGCUGGUGAUGGAUGGAGUGGCCUAUCCUGAGUGGCUGGAACCCAUCUCCUCGAUCUUCAGUGCCAGGCCCUCCCUCACCUUGCCCAACGGUCAGCACCUGCAGGCUCCUGAGAACGUCAAAUUCCUCUUUGAGAUGCCAGAUGCCUCUGGGGUGCCCCCCUCGGUCAUUCCCCACUGCACCCUGCUGCACUGUGCAGGCGUCAAUGUCUGGCGGGCCCUGCUCUCAUCAGCCCUGACGCCCGCCUACCGCAAGUACAGCCUGACCCAGGAGGACCUGGCUCUGUUGCGGGAUCUGGCAGAGGAAGUCUUCCCACCCACCUUGGCCUUUGCACGGGAGCAUUGCUGCUCGGUCCUCCUACCCCACAGCCACCCACAGAAUCCCGUGGCCGAGGGCAUCCAGGAGACUACUACCUUCACCAGGAUACUCCAUGCGCUGCUUCAGCGAUACAUGCACCGGGACACUGCCAAACCCCCACCUGCCCCCACCUCAGAACCCACAGAAGCCAAGGCAGGCCCCCGUGCUGACUAUGUGGCCUCCACCUCUCACUCCUUGCACGACAGCAUCGCUGACCACCAUCGCCUGCUGGUGCAGAGCAUCUUCGUCUUCGCCUACAUCUGGGGCUUUGGGAGCCACCUCCACUCCAGGCACUGGCCUUGUUUUGACCGCUUGGUCCGCCGGACCCUACUCAGCAGCAGCUGGCUCAUAGAGCUUCCCUCCGCGGACUCAGUCUUCGACCUCUGCCCCGUCGUGGAGAGCGGUCGCCUAGAGCCCUUCAUAGGGUCCUUUUUGUCCCAACGUGUCAAGGCCAACCCCGCGAGCUUCUCGGUCCUGCCGCAGUACGAACGGGUGUUCUUUGUGGUGGACCUGCUCCUGGGCGCAGACCAACCGGUCCUCCUGGUCGGGGAGCCCGGCUCCGGGAAGACCUCUUUUGCCGAGAUGCUGGUGCAGCCCAAUUUCCUUUAUCAUCGGAUAUGCCUCACGCCGGCCCACAGUGCCCCCCACUUGCGGCAGCUGCUGCUCCGGAGGUUCCUCAGUGCGGCGAGAGAGAAGAGCCUUUUCCCCGGAGGCAAGCCAGUUAGGGGCACAGCUGCCAAGGCUGGCUGUCUUUUCUUUGUGGAGGACCUGCACAUGGCUUUUGUAGACCCAACCCGUGGCUCCAGUCCCGUGGUAGAAACCCUGCGCCAGGCUCUGGCACAACAACAGUUCUAUCAUUCAGAGACCCUGGAGCUGCAGAACUGUCCGGCCACAGGCUUCAACUGCUUUGGCACCCUGUCCGUGCCUAUGACUGGGGCACGGCCCCUUUGCCCUCGUUUCGGGCGGCUGUUCAGCACUGUGGGGCUGCCCCCGGUGACCAGGGACUCACUUUUAUGCAUGCACACAGGCACCAUCCUCGCCUGGUUGGAAAAGUUCCCCAUGCUGACGCGGCACGGCGACCUGGCAUCCUCCAUUGUGCGGGCAACCGCUGAGACCUACGAUGCAGCCAGGAAACAGUUCCAGCCUUCUCCCGCCUGCUGCCUCUUCCAGUUCUCUUUGCACGCCAUUCAGAAGGUGAUCAAGGGCAUGCUGCUGCUGCGGCCCCGUCCAGGCAUUCACCUCUCCAGCCCCCUGGAUGACUAUAGCUCCAAGGCGGUGGUCAACCGGCGCACCUCUGGCUUGAGCCGGAUGCUCACGGGGCCGGGCUACACCACGAUCCUCAGUGUCCGACUCAUUGUACGUCUGUGGAUGCACGAGAGCCUGCGGGUGUUCUGCGAUCCACUUCGGGGCGAGCGCCAGCGUGAGCAGUGUGGGCAGAUGCUGAUGGAGAUUGCCACGGCCACUUUCUGUGCCAAGAGGCAGUUUGUGCACAUGGUGCCUUCCUUUGGCCCCGAGUGCUCUCACCUCCCCAGUCGAGGCAACGUCACCUUCCAACUUUCCAGCAUCUCUGCCGUCUGUGUCGCUGAAGACGAAUUGCCUGAUAAAGAGGAUCUCUUGCUAAGUGCGCACUUUGAGCAGGGUUUCUUCUCCACCGAUGAGCGGGACUAUUGUGACCCCUGGGACCCUGUGGAGCAGGCACCGGCUCUUGCGCUUGAGCGUCCUGCACCAGCCGCAGCCCCAGACAAAGACCCUCCCCCAGUGCCGGUGCCUGAGUGUGAAGCCUCUGAGGUGGACACUGAGGACUCAGAGGCUGGGAAGAAAUUGGAGGCCGGCUCAGAGGGGAGCACGCCGGAACCACCGCAGGUGGGUGAGCCUCCUGGCUCUCCCCGUCGCCCUUCCUCCAUGCGAGUCAGGCACCGGCUCUUGUCCCGGAAGGAGACCUCCGGCCCGUUGUUGCCGCCACACCUCUUGCUGCUGCAGGCCGAGUCCGUGAGGGACAUAGUCUUCAGCAAGGACCUGGGCCCUGAUGCCUACCGGCCCUCAGCUCAUAACCCUUAUCAGGAGAAGGUCUGGAAGACCCUGGAGAGCCAGCUGGCCCCCACCAUACCCUCCGAUUUCAUGUUGUGCACCGAGGGGCUGAGGCAUGUAGUGCGCCUGAGCCGCGUCCUUUACGGCCCUGACAGACAUGCGGCCCUUGUCUCCUUCAGUCGAUGCACAGGGCGGCAGUCUUUGGUGGCCCUGGUGGCACGUGCCACCGCCUCCCUGGUCAUGGAGCUGCCGGCCAAAGCAGAUGAGGCAGAGACGCUCAUGUUAAUGCGGCAGGCCACCUGGGAGGCGGGCAUCAAGGGGAGCCGGGUGCUGCUGAUGGUGCAUCCUGGGAUACGGCUGGCCAGCUUGCACCUAGUCCUGGCGCUGAUGACAGAGGGCACAUGCCCGGGGCUUUACAGCCCAGACGACGCUGUGUCCAUCAUCCCGGCCAUGCUGCAGGAGAACCCCACCAUCAAGCGGACCAUGCGAGACGAGAUCAUUAUCCAAAAGUUCUUCCAGUUUGUGCGCUCCAACCUGCACGUGCUGCUGCUGCUGGGGGGGAUGAGGCCCUUGGCACUGCCUCCACUGACGGCCGUGGCCCUGGCCCAGCUGCUCUGCUGCCUGGAGGUGUACCAGCCCUGGAGCCACGCCUCGCUGGAGGAGGUGACCGCCAAACACUUCAAGAAGCACCUCAAGCAGUCCGCACGGCUUACUCGAGGUAGGAGCCUGACCUGGGGCUCGGCUCAGCUCACCCUGUCCUCCAUGGGCAGUUUCCUCACAAUCAUCUGCAGGGUGAAGCUGGCGCUGGUCAAGAUGGGCGAAGUGAGCAAGAAGCAGCAGGAGCACACGCGGGACGCCCGCUUCUUGCAGCAAAAGCUGGUCAAGAUCAAGGAGCAAAUGGUUCAGAGCCAGCGGGAAAUUGAGCGGGAGCAGGAGGUGCUGCGGCAGCAGGAGAAGGAGUGCCAGGAGUACGAGGCCCGCAUCGAGGCCCUGACCCAGGAGAGGGAGGUCCUGGAGAAGGAGAAGGAGACGGCCAUGAAGAAGGUGCGCCACGACUACCAGACUGCCGUGGCCAUGCUGCACCCGCAGGAUGUGGAGGAACUGCGUAGCUACCGCCAGCCCCCAGCCACUGUGGUCAGGGUGACGGACAUGCUCUGCCUGAUGUUCCAGGAGGAGCCGGGAUGGGAGAGCGCCAAGGUGCUCCUCAACAGGGAAGACUUCUACCAGGACCUGAUCUUCUACCCAAAAGAGAACCUCUCCAUGGAGCUCUUCAGGGCGCUGGGCCAGGCGCUGGCUGCGGAGGGCUUCACCGCAGAAUUCCUCCGGAACACCAGCCAAGCCGUGGCAGCCCUCUGGCAGUGGAUCUCUGCCAUUUACCGGUACCAUUCUGCGCUGCGCAACUGGCAACCGGCCAUGUUGCAGCUGGAGCGCUGCGACGUGCAACUCAACACAGAAAAAAUUCAACUGGGCGACCGGCGCCUGCACACGGAGCAGCUGAAGGAGGCCACGCGGACCCGGAUCCAGGAGCUGAAGGAGAAGCAGGAGCGGCAGGAGAAACUGGUGCAGCAGCUCACACAAUCCUUGCAGGCCAAGGAGGAGGCCUCCACGGUGGAGAGUUCUGUGGCAGAGCACCUGGUCAACUGGACCACACUCAUCAAGAGCCUGGAGCACUACCGCAGCACCGUGUAUGGGAACGCGCUGCUGUGUGCAGCCACCGUCUCCUACCUGGGCCCCUUCCCUUCAUCCCGUCGGGAGGAGCUUCUGGAGAAGUGGCAAGCACUAUUGGCCGGCUGCGAGGUCCCCCUGGAACCGGAUGACAUCUACCGGACCCUGCAGGCGGGUCUGCCCUGCCCUGGCCCGGCCCCCAUCAGCCCCCCGUUGCUGGAGACUCAGCAGCCACUAGACGUGCUUUCCCUGCUCAGCUCCCCUGGGGAGCAGCGCAUCUGGGAUCGGCUCCACAAGCCCAAGGACCCGGAGAGCCGCCUCAUGGCCACAAUCCUGCUCUCAAGCCUUCACGCACAAGCCCACCGGUGGCCCCUCUUGGUGGACCCCGACAGGCAGGCCCACAUCUGGCUCCUCUCGACUUCUGUGCUAGAACAGCAGGAAUCCCAGGCCUAUAUCCUUGCGGAGCUUGUGCCGGAGAUGGCAGAGCAGGGCGGUUGGGAUGAGAUCCCAGAAAACAACCUGGAAAUCCUGUCGCUCACUGACCUUGAUCUAGAGGACAGCCUCCGGAAGGCCAUCAGCCAGAACGCGCCAGUGCUGCUGCUGAACUUCGAGAAGAACGUCCCAUGGUGUCCGACCCUGCGGCAGCUGAUGCAGAAGGAGUCCUUCCGGGGAACAGAGGGCGUUGUCCUCCCUGCCAAGCCGGGGGAGCUGCAGCUGGAGAAGGAAGAGCAAGCGGAGGUGGAGUUGAAGCUGCUCCCUUCCUUCCAACUGUACCUCUGCACUGAGCUUCCUUUAGAGGCUUUGGCUGCAGAGGUGGACCAGGCAGUUCUGAAGAGCCUGAACAUGAUUGACCUCAGUCUGAGCCCGAAGGCACUGGAGAACCUGUUGCUGGGGGAGGUGCUGAAGGCCGAACGCCGGGAGACCCUGAAGAACCGGCAGGCUUUGCGUCUAGCUCUCCUGCACCUGGAGAGCAAGCUGGAGGCCACAGAGGAGGAGCUGCUGGAGCUGAUCUCGCAGCCUCAGCGGUCGCUGCUGGAGGAGGAGAACUUCAUGCCGAUGGUGCGCCUCCUGCAGACCCAGAUCCAGGCACUGAAGGCCACCCACCAGCACAUGGCUGCCCAGCACCGGGACCAGGCCGCAAUCUGCGACAACUACCGGCGUGUGGCUCGGGUCGGGGUGGCCCUGCACCAGGCACUGCAGCAGGUGGCCCGCCUGCACCCACUCUACCGAUUCCCCUGCGAGACCUGUAUCGAGUGGGUGCGCCAGGCGCUGGCUGCCACCAAGCGCCAGCAGGACGCCAGCAAGAAGGAGACGCUGGAGGCGCGGCUACUGGAACUGAGCAAGGCCGUUCUGCGGCAGCUGCAGACCCAGGCCCUGCCCAGCCUGCGGGAGAUAGACAGGCCCCUCUACCGCUUCCUGGGGUCCCUGGUCACCCUGCAAGGAGCCAGCCCGGGGGCACAGGCCCUCAGCCCCGUAGAGUGGCUAGCCUUUUGUGGGGGGCUGCGGGAGCCAGCCGCCAAAGCUCUGCUGCUGCUGCCAGAAGAGGAGGAGGAGGAGGGAAAGGGUGGCCCCCCAUCCCCCAACUGGGUGGCCCCGGGGCCCUGGGAGGAGUGCCAUGCGCUGGAGCAGCUGCCGGGAUUCCAGGGGCUGCGGGCCUCAUUGGUGGAGCAGGGCACACAGUGGCAGGAGUACCUGCGGCUGCCCUCCACGGUGGUGGGCCCUGCCCUGUGCCCCAGCCAUGCCCACCUGGGCCCUUUCCAGCGUGCCAUCCUGUGGCGUGUGCUGCGCCCCAACACCGUGAGCCAGGUCAUGGCGCACUUGGCCACCUGCUUGCUGGGCUGGUCUCGGACGGAUGAGACAGAGGCCGCCAACCCUCACGCCUGCAGCCGUCCCAAUCGGCCCAUCAUCUUCCUCACCCCUCCCGCCGAGUCGGAUGGCUCCUUCACCCUGCCUGUGCUGUGGAUCCAGCAGCUGGCCGCCCAGCGGAAACGGGCGGGGAAGGUGGUGGUCAUCUCCUUCGGCACUCCCGGCGCUGCCCGGCGCGUGUGGCGGACGCUCCCGGUCACCACCAAGAAGGGCAAGUGGCUGGUCCUGACCAACUGCCACCUCCAGGCCCAGUGGGACCCUGAUGUGCUCCUCCAGUUCAACCAGCUGCUGAACACACCGACGAGUGUGGCAGAGCACCAGACCUUGGAAGUCCACCCCAAGUUCCGCCUCUGGCUCAUCACAGCAGCCAAUGCCCCCGAGUCGGUGCCAGGGCCCGUCCACCGCAAGGCUGCCAUCUUCUUCUGCGAGGAGCCGCUGGAGAUGAAGGGCAUCCUGAUGCGCACACACCAGCGGCUGCAGGGCCAGAUGCACCGCCUGGACACCAAGAAGACCCUCGCCUUCCUCGUCCUCCACGCCAUCCUGGUUUUCCGGCAGAACUACAGCCGCUGGACCCAGGCCGCUGUGUACCUCUGGAACCACGGAGAAGUGUCCCAGGGACUCCACAUGAAAGAGAGGCUCAGACGGCUGCCUGAGAGGCCUUCGCGGGCUAUGCAGGAACUGGCAGGGAUCAUGCUCUACGGUGGUCACGUCCUGGACAGUGGAGAUGCCGCGGCCAUAGAGAGCCUGUGCCGUCAGUGCCUUGCGCCCGGUGCACACCUACAGCCGGGCAGCGGCCCCCAAAGGAUCCUGGAGCUCGUCAUUGGCCCCCCUACUGCAGGGCUCUCGGAAGAGGAGGCCUCGGCUGCCACACAGGCCCGCAUUGCGCAGCUGCCCAGCCCCAUGGAGGCCUCCUGGGUGGGGCUGUGCAGCGGGCUGCGGCAGGAGAUGCAGGCGGCACACAGCCAGGCCUUGCUCUUGGCGCUGUGGGCCUCCCAGGGCCUGUGGCAGCCCCCCGUGCCCCUCCUCCAGCGGCAGCAGCAGGAGCAGCGGGAGGCCCUGGAGCUCUUUGUGCGCAAGGGGCUGGCGCUGGCGCAGGAGCUGCAGGAGCAGCUGGAGCGCUGCGGGUGGGAGGCGGGGGAGCGCGGGUGCCCCCCUAAAGGCCAGGCCCGCCCCCGGCCCCGCCCCCUGCAGCGCUUCCUCCUGGAGGAGGGGGGCACCCUGCUGGCCCUCCUGAAGCAAGUGGGCCGGGACCUGCGCUGCGUGGAGGGCCGCCUGCAGGGGGAGUCCUGCUCUUCUGUUCGCUGCGGAGCCAUAUUCCGGAAGCUGCUCCGGGGCCAGAUGCCCAAGCCCUGGCUGCCCUUUGCACCCACCGGCCCCCAGCCGCCUCGGCUAUGGCUGGAGACCCUGCGCCAGCGCUGCCGGCUGCUCUGCCGGUACUUGGCCUGCAUUGGGGGCCACCCGGUGACCCACUUCCAGCUGGCCGCCUUCCACCGGCCCCGCCACCUCUUCCUGGCCGUGCUGCAGGAGCGGGCCCGCACCGAGAAGCAGGCGGUGGACUGCUACCAGCUGGAGCAGAAGGUCCUGCCGGGGGUGCUCCCUCCCAGCGAGGCUCCCGAGAGGGGCGUCUACCUGAGCGGCCUGGAGGUGCACCACGCCAUGUGGCACAGCCGCAGUGGGUUGCUCCAGGAGACCCUCUCGGCCCAGCCCUGCCGCCUGCCCACCGUCUGGGUCCAGCCCAUCCGCCGGCCCUGGAAGCGGACCUCCUUGCACCCCACCUAUCUGUGCCCGGUGUACCUGGGGGCGCCCGAGAUGCCCGUGCUGCUCGACAGCCGGCAGGUGAUCAUGCACCUGCCCCUGCCUUGCAAGAUGGCUCCGGAGCUGUGCGCCCAGCGGCGGGUGUUUGCCGUCAGCCUCUUGCAGUGAGAGCCCCGGAGGCAGGAAGACAGGACCGUUGCCAUAGUG